GUGGGGGGGCAGGCGGCCGCCAUCUUCUCGCCGAGGCCGCCUCGCCCGCCGCGCGCGCCCGUCCGGCAGCGCAGGGGUUAAGGCUGGCACCGCGCCCGGCGGGAGGGGGGGCGCCCACCUCCCCUCCCCCCCGCGCCGGGCAUGCGGGGCCCGCUGGGCACCGAGGAGGAGCUGCCGCGGCUGUUCGCGGACGAGAUGGAGAACGAGGACGAGAUGUCAGAAGAAGAAGAUGGUGGCCUCGAAGCCUUCGAUGAUUUUUUCCCUGAGGAGCCCGUGAGCCUUCCCAAGAAGAAGAAAUCCAAGAAGCUCAAGGAGAACAGGUCUAAAGGGAAGCGGAAGAAGAAAGAGGGGAGCAAUGAUGAACUAUCAGAAAAUGAAGAGGAUCUGGAAGAGAAGUCAGAGAGCGAGGGCAGUGACUACUCCCCUAAUAAAAAGAAGAAGAAAAAACUCAAGGACAAGAAGGAGAAAAAAGCCAAGAGAAAAAAGAAGGAUGAUGAUGAGGAUGAUAAUGACGACGGAUGCCUGAAGGAGCCUAAGUCCUCUGGACAGCUCAUGGCUGAGUGGGGCCUGGAUGACGUGGACUACCUGUUUUCAGAGGCUGACUACCACACGCUGACCAACUACAAGGCCUUCAGCCAGUUUCUCAGGCCGCUCAUCGCCAAGAAGAACCCGAAGAUCCCCAUGUCCAAAAUGAUGACCGUCCUGGGUGCCAAGUGGCGGGAGUUCAGCGCCAAUAACCCCUUCAAGGGAAGCUCGGCGGCAGCAGCUGCAGCGGCAGUGGCUGCAGCUGUGGAGACUGUCACCAUCGCCCCUCCGCUGGCCAUCAGCCCCCAGCAGCCACCCCAACCUGUGCCCAUCCGCAAGGCCAAGACCAAGGAGGGCAAGGGGCCAGGAGUGAGGAAGAAGAUCAAAGGCUCCAAGGACGCAAAGAAGAAGGGCAAAGGGAAGAAGGUGUCUGGGCUCAAGUUCCGCUUCGGAGGGGUCGGCCCCAAGAGGAAGAGAGGCUCCUCGAGCGAGGAGGAUGAGCGGGAGGAAUCGGACUUCGACAGCGCCAGCAUCCACAGCUCCUCCGUGCGCUCGGAGUGCUCUGCAGCCCUGGGGAAGAAGAGCAAGAGGAGGCGCAAGAAAAAGAGGAUUGAUGAUGGUGAUGGCUAUGAGACAGACCACCAGGACUACUGUGAGGUGUGCCAGCAGGGCGGCGAGAUCAUCCUGUGCGACACCUGCCCACGGGCCUACCACCUCGUCUGCCUCGACCCAGAGCUGGAGAAGGCUCCCGAGGGCAAGUGGAGCUGUCCCCACUGUGAGAAGGAGGGGAUCCAGUGGGAGCCGAAGGACGAGGAGGAGGAGGAGGAGGAGGGCGGCUGCGAGGAGGAGGAAGACGACCACAUGGAGUUCUGCCGCGUGUGCAAGGAUGGCGGCGAGCUGCUCUGCUGCGACGCCUGCCCCUCCUCCUACCACCUGCACUGCCUCAACCCGCCGCUGCCCGAGAUCCCAAACGGUGAAUGGCUGUGCCCGCGCUGUACUUGUCCCCCACUGAAGGGCAAAGUCCAGCGGAUCCUACACUGGAGGUGGACGGAGCCCCCAGCCCCCUUCAUGGUGGGGCUACCAGGGCCCGAUGUGGAACCUGGCGUCCCACCCCCCAAGCCUCUGGAGGGCAUCCCAGAGAGAGAGUUCUUUGUCAAGUGGGCUGGGCUCUCCUACUGGCACUGCUCCUGGGUGAAGGAGCUACAGCUGGAGCUAUACCACACGGUGAUGUACCGCAACUACCAAAGAAAGAACGACAUGGACGAGCCGCCACCCUUUGACUAUGGCUCUGGCGAUGAGGACGGCAAGAGUGAGAAGAGGAAGAACAAGGACCCCCUCUAUGCCAAGAUGGAGGAGCGCUUCUACCGCUACAGCAUCAAGCCGGAGUGGAUGAUGAUCCACCGCAUCCUGAACCACAGCUUCGACAAAAAGGGGGAUGUGCACUACCUGAUCAAGUGGAAAGACCUGCCCUACGACCAGUGCACCUGGGAGAUCGACGACAUCGACAUCCCCUACUACGACAACCUGAAGCAGGCCUACUGGGGCCACAGGGAGCUGAUGCUGGGAGAGGACGCCAGACUGCCCAAGAGGCUGGUCAAGAAGGGCAAGAAGCUGAAGGACGACAAACAGGAGAAGCCACCGGACACGCCCAUUGUGGAUCCCACGGUCAAGUUUGAUAAGCAGCCGUGGUACAUCGACUCCACGGGCGGCACGCUGCACCCAUACCAGCUGGAGGGCCUCAACUGGCUGCGCUUCUCCUGGGCCCAGGGCACCGACACCAUCCUGGCUGACGAGAUGGGUCUGGGCAAGACGGUGCAGACUAUCGUCUUCCUCUACUCCCUGUACAAGGAGGGGCACUCCAAGGGGCCCUACCUGGUCAGCGCGCCCCUGUCCACCAUCAUCAACUGGGAACGUGAGUUUGAGAUGUGGGCGCCUGACUUCUAUGUGGUCACCUACACGGGGGACAAGGAGAGCCGUUCCGUUAUCCGGGAGAAUGAGUUCUCCUUUGAGGACAACGCCAUUCGGAGCGGGAAGAAGGUGUUCCGCAUGAAGAAAGAAGUGCAGAUCAAAUUCCAUGUCCUGCUCACCUCCUACGAGCUCAUCACCAUCGACCAGGCCAUCCUGGGCUCCAUCGAGUGGGCCUGCCUCGUGGUGGACGAGGCCCACCGGCUCAAGAACAACCAGUCCAAGUUCUUCAGGGUCUUGAACAGCUACAAGAUCGAUUACAAGCUGCUGCUGACGGGGACCCCCCUUCAGAACAACCUGGAGGAGCUGUUCCAUCUCCUCAACUUCCUGACUCCAGAGAGGUUCAACAACCUAGAGGGCUUCCUGGAGGAGUUUGCCGACAUCUCCAAAGAAGACCAGAUCAAGAAGCUGCAUGAUCUGCUGGGGCCGCACAUGCUGAGGCGGCUCAAGGCUGACGUCUUCAAGAACAUGCCGGCCAAGACCGAGCUGAUCGUCCGCGUGGAGCUGAGCCAGAUGCAGAAGAAGUACUACAAGUUCAUCCUCACGCGGAACUUCGAGGCGCUCAACUCCAAGGGGGGCGGGAACCAGGUGUCGCUGCUCAACAUCAUGAUGGACCUAAAGAAGUGCUGCAACCACCCCUACCUCUUCCCCGUGGCUGCCGUGGAGGCCCCUGUCUUGCCCAAUGGCUCCUAUGAUGGUAGCUCCCUGGUCAAGUCUUCAGGGAAGCUCAUGCUGCUGCAGAAGAUGCUCAAGAAACUGCGGGACGAAGGGCAUCGUGUGCUCAUCUUCUCCCAGAUGACCAAGAUGCUUGACCUCCUAGAGGAUUUCCUGGAGUAUGAGGGCUACAAGUAUGAGCGGAUUGACGGCGGCAUCACCGGGGGCCUCCGGCAAGAGGCGAUCGACAGAUUCAAUGCCCCUGGGGCCCAGCAGUUCUGCUUCCUCCUCUCGACCCGGGCCGGUGGCCUGGGCAUCAAUCUGGCCACAGCAGACACCGUCAUCAUCUACGACUCGGACUGGAAUCCACACAAUGACAUCCAGGCCUUCAGCCGCGCCCACCGCAUUGGGCAGAACAAGAAGGUGAUGAUCUACCGCUUUGUGACGCGGGCGUCGGUGGAGGAGCGCAUCACGCAGGUGGCCAAGCGCAAGAUGAUGCUCACCCACCUGGUGGUGCGGCCCGGCCUCGGCUCCAAGUCGGGCUCCAUGACCAAGCAGGAGUUGGACGACAUCCUCAAGUUCGGCACAGAGGAGCUCUUCAAGGACGAUGUGGAGGGCAUGAUGUCUCAGGGUCAGAGGCCUGUCACACCCAUCCCUGAUGUCCAGCCCUCCAAAGGGGGAGCCCUGGCUGCCAGCGCGAAGAAAAAGCAUGGCAGCACCCCACCAGGUGACAACAAGGACGUGGAGGACAGCAGUGUGAUCCACUAUGAUGAUGCAGCCAUCUCCAAGCUGCUGGACCGGAACCAGGAUGCCACAGAUGACACGGAGCUGCAGAACAUGAACGAGUACCUGAGCUCCUUCAAGGUGGCGCAGUACGUGGUGCGCGAGGAGGACGGCGUGGAGGAGGUCGAGCGAGAGAUCAUCAAGCAGGAGGAGAAUGUGGACCCUGACUACUGGGAGAAGCUGCUCCGGCACCACUAUGAGCAGCAGCAGGAGGACCUGGCCCGCAACCUGGGCAAGGGCAAGCGCAUCCGCAAGCAGGUCAACUACAAUGACGCCUCCCAGGAGGACCAGGAGUGGCAGGAUGAGCUCUCGGACAACCAGUCUGAAUAUUCCAUCGGCUCUGAGGAUGAGGAUGAGGACUUUGAGGAAAGGCCGGAAGGACAGAGUGGACGGCGACAAUCCAGGAGGCAGUUGAAGAGCGACAGGGACAAGCCCCUGCCACCUCUCCUCGCCCGUGUCGGCGGCAACAUCGAGGUGCUGGGCUUCAACGCCCGACAGCGGAAGGCCUUUCUCAAUGCCAUCAUGCGCUGGGGCAUGCCCCCCCAGGACGCCUUCAACUCCCACUGGCUGGUUCGCGACCUUCGAGGGAAGAGCGAGAAGGAAUUUAGAGCCUAUGUGUCCCUCUUCAUGCGGCACCUGUGUGAGCCGGGGGCUGACGGCGCAGAGACCUUCGCGGACGGCGUGCCCCGCGAGGGCCUCUCGAGACAGCAUGUGCUCACGCGCAUCGGGGUCAUGUCACUAGUUAGGAAGAAGGUCCAGGAGUUCGAGCAUGUCAACGGGAAGUACAGCACCCCAGACUUGAUCCCUGAGGGGCCCGAGGGCAAGAAGCCCAGCGAGGUCGUCUCCUCGGAUCCCACCACGCCAGUGCCCGCCAGCCCCGCCCACCUGCCACCUGCCUCGCUGGGCCUGCCAGACAAAAUGGAAGCCCAGCUGGGCUACAUGGAUGAGAAGGAGCCAGGGGUACAGAAGCCAAAGAAGCCUCCAGAAAUCCAGGCCCUCCCAACUGCCCUGGACAGAGUGGAGGGCGAGGACAAGCAGGAGAGCUCAGACGGGAAGGAGAGAGCCCAAGAGGAGCCACUGGAGGAGACAGAGAAGGCCCAGCUCUCCCCGGAGCAGCUGCCGAAAGAAGAAGUACUUCCUGAGAAGGAGAAAAUUCUGGACAAGCUGGAACUAAGCUUGAUUCACAGCAGAGGGGAUGGCAGCGAUUUCAGGCCAGAUGACUCCAAAGCGGAAGAGAAGGAGCCCAUUGAAACACAGCAAAAUGGUGACAAAGAGGAAGAUGAGGAGGGGAAGAAGGAGGACAAGAAUGGGAAGUUCAAGUUCAUGUUCAACAUUGCAGAUGGGGGCUUCACAGAGCUGCACACACUGUGGCAGAAUGAGGAACGUGCCGCUGUGUCCUCGGGGAAAAUCUAUGACAUCUGGCACCGGCGCCAUGACUACUGGCUGCUCGCGGGCAUCGUGACGCACGGCUACGCCCGCUGGCAGGACAUCCAGAACGACCCCAGAUACAUGAUCCUCAACGAGCCCUUCAAGUCUGAGAUCCACAAGGGCAACUACCUGGAGAUGAAGAACAAGUUCCUGGCCCGCAGGUUCAAGCUGCUGGAGCAGGCGCUGGUCAUCGAGGAGCAACUCCGGAGGGCUGCGUACCUCAACAUGACCCAGGAUCCCAACCACCCAGCCAUGGCCCUCAACGCCCGCCUGGCCGAGGUGGAGUGCCUUGCUGAGAGCCACCAGCACCUGUCUAAGGAGUCCCUUGCCGGGAACAAGCCUGCCAACGCCGUCCUGCACAAGGUCCUGAACCAGCUGGAGGAGCUGCUGAGCGACAUGAAGGCUGAUGUGACUCGCCUGCCCUCCAUGCUGUCCCGCAUCCCCCCAGUGGCUGCCCGCCUCCAGAUGUCGGAGCGCAGCAUCCUGAGCCGCCUGACCAACCGAGCUGGUGACCCCACCAUCCAGCAGGGCGCUUUCGGCUCCUCCCAGAUGUACAACAACAACUUUGGGCCCAACUUCCGGGGCCCUGGACCGGGAGGGAUUGUCAACUACAACCAGAUGCCCCUGGGGCCCUAUGUGACCGACAUCUAGCCGUCCCUGCGACUUCCCUCUGCUGCAGCGCUCAUUUCCAGCUGAGGUGACAGGUGCUUCUCCCUGAGUGGAGACCUGACUGCCCAGCUGCAUGACCCGUGAUCUGCCCCUUGCAGCCACGCCUGCCGGGCCAGCUGCCUGACUCCCACAGGAGAGAAAAGCUGCCACCUUUCUAGGAGCCAUGCCACCUUGGGACAGAAAGGGAAACUGAGUAAUGCUGUCACACGGGGGGCGAGGCCCUGCUCUGCUGGGCCAGAGCCCAGAAGUGCCACCUCAUCGUAACUCGAGUGUUCCACACGGCGUCAUGCCCACGCCACACCGGGAUGUGCCCCUCGGUCACUGUUGCCAGAACGACUUCGUAGAAGAGAUUCCAUUUAUUUGUACAUCUUUUGCACUUUCCUAUUGAAGACUUGAACUCGUUUGUCUUGAUAAAAUUGAGUGACGUGUGGAGGAAUCUGACCUGCAGCACUUACAUCCCUCUGUCGACGGGCUCCGGACCGAAGGGAAGCUCCUGGAAGCCCUGCAGCCCAUGGACUUGGCCCUGCGGGGGAGGACGCAGCGUCUGCCCUGGGAGCCCUCGGUGCCCCCACCCACUCCGUCCUGUCUGCACUGCCCCUGCUCCGGCCCCUUGCCCGCUUGGGGUCCCCCCAGUGCCAGGGGUCAGGACUGGGGAGCGGCUGCCUGUCUUGAGGGUAGAGACCUGGCUAGUGCCUGGGUCAGGGCAGGGCGUUUAUUGCCCCCUCUUCCUGCCAGGGCUGGACACCACCAGGUAUGUGCUAUCUCCAUGGGUGAGGGGGCUCUGUUAGCAGCUGUGUCCCCCUGGCCCAGCAUGUCUCCCAGGCGCUGGACUCUGUCAUCAGCACUGGAGGGCCUGUGGCUCCUGCCCUGCGCCUGGCAGCGGGGGGUAGGGCCUGCGGGUGUGGGCGUAGGGCCUGCCAGAGUCUUUGUCUUGGGCAACUGCGGAGAGGGGCUUGCCCUCUGUCGGGGUGAUGUUGGCAUCCCAGUAGGGAGGUCGCAGGGGCAUGGAGGGUGGCCCAGGAACCCCUGGCCUGCCCUGUGCCCUGGGAGGCCCAUCACACCCACCUCCAGGUACAUAUUCCCUGUGCGGCCUCAUGGCCACAGAUGUGGAGAAACCAGGCCACCCCUUGGGGCCUGGAGUCACCCUGUCCUCCUGUCCCUGGAGAAGCCUAGAUCUGGACACUUGCCACAUGAGUUGUUCUCGCUGUGUUCUCGGAUGGCUUGGGGAAAGCUCCGCUUGAAGGCAGGGGACUGGACUCGAUGGCCUCUCCAGCCCUCCCCACUGGAGCUUCCUGCCUUGUUUCCUGCCAGGAACCCCCGUCAAAAUCCCGGCCCUUCCCGCCUCGGCUGGUGGUCUCUGUGAUGGCUGUCGCUGGGACGGGUCAGGGGAGUGGGCCAGGCCUAGGCCUCUGUGUCUGAUGCUCCCUCUGGUCCUAGCUCAGCCUGGAAGGGAUUUGCAAGUCGUGAGCAGGUGGCUUCCUGGGGAGGUGCUCUGGGUACAGAAUCUUGUCUGAGCAAGAGACAGGCUGGGCCAGGGUUGGGGCUAGGGGCACCAGGAGGGGCUCAGCACAGCUCCCUGGCUGGGGCUGGGGCCAGGAUUUGGGGGCAUGUCUUGGGGACAUUUGGCGAUUAACCAGCCCUCAUAGACCAGAUGUCCUCAUCUGUAAAUGGCUCUCUGAACCCUGGAGGGCUGGACCCCAAGGCCCCUUUCAUCUUGGUGUCCCCACGCUCUCGUCUUGAUCGGAAUCUCCAAGUCCUACCCCACCUCAGCAUUGCGGGCGGGCGGAGUGGGGAGCAUCCUGGAAGUGGCACGCAGGUUUCCAGGACACACGUGCAGCAGUGGCUGACCCCCCCCUUCUGGGAAGGGCAGAGUCAUUGCUGUCCACUGUGCUUCGUCCAGUCCCACGUGCACGUGCGUGUUGUGUUCUCCGGUCAGUGCCUCCCUGCAGAGGCUCCUGGCUCAGGCCAUGAGUGAGGUGACUGCCAGGAGCCUCCCCACCACCCCGGGCCCUGUCAUGCUCCCCUCCCAGACAGGCUGUCAGCCCUCGGGCUGGCCCCCUUGGGAACAGUGGUGGCCUUUCCUGGCCACAGUGCACAGGUCUUGAGUGUCAGGCCAGGAGGCACAUGGUGGCAGGGCGGGAGUCUGCAUCUCCACCGCUCUGCUCUGAGGGCUGGGGGUCCCUGCCAGCCCUCCUCCCUAGGAGGACACCCUCUACCCUUCCACCUCUGCCUCCUUCCCAGGCCUCGCCAGUCUCCCCUUUCUCCUCUUCCAGGCCGGAGCUGGGCACCCACGGGUGACCUGGCCCUUGGCACUGCCUGGCCCAGGAAGGGCUCAGCUCUCCACAAUCAGCACCCUGGAGGCCCGGGAGCGGGGCUGCGGACAGCUGGGGAGUGGGUUUCUGGCUGACUGGUUUUGGAGAGGAAAAAGAAUCUUAAGAAUGUUUUCUUCCUGAUUUAUCAGUUUUCUCCUACCAAAAGUGGUGGUGGAGGGAGUGGGGCAUCCACUGUCUUUGGCAUCUUCAGGCUGGAUUUGGUUUUUGCUGCUGGCAGAAUGAGGGUCACUGUGUGCAAGCGGGAUCCUCAAGUGCCAGCCAGCACUUUUGUUUCCAGCCACCUUAUUAUUUAAACCAGUGCUGAGUAGCUUUCUGUUGAUCCACCUUUGGGCCACGGUCUCACAAAGCAUCGCCUGCUGGGCGCCCGGGUGACGAGGGGAGUUGGUUGGACCGACUGUGUCUGGAGGGCCCCCCUCACACGUGCAUGCCACGGAAACACAUCCUGAGACCCCAUGUGAGGAGACCCACCCUGCAAGCCACCUGCAGAAGCUCCUUUGUUUUCUGCAAAUUGUGAUCAAGGCCCUGCUGAUGCCCACAGCUGGUGCAGGUGCCUCCCUCCUGCCCGUCGGGUGUCCCUUCCCAGGGUCCUCUAGGGGUUCCCCAGCCCAGGUCGGGGGCUGGCUGAGUCUUGCUCCCACGACACCUGUAGCCCUUGUUCCCAAGUGUCCUGUUCCAGGGCUCUUGAGCACCUGAGGGGGUCGCGUAGAGGGUGGGCUCGGGGACCAGAGAACCUCCACAGUGUGGCAGGAGCACAGUGGCGGUCGAAGGGGCUGGGUUGGGAGGCGGGGGCUGACGUCUUGGCCUGGACACGGCCUAGGGUGCCCCCCCACCCCGGCUCCUGCGGUUGUCCUGUGCCCACCACAGUCUCCGUCGAGGAAGCUGGCUCCCGCCCCAUUUUAUAUUUCCAGAAGUUUACAGGUUGUGGUGCAUCAGCCCAAAGUCAUUGGCGUUGUGUUUUUGGAUUUUUUUUAGUUUUCAGAUUUUUUUUAAACAAAGUAUUUUUUUAGGUACGAUAACCCAGAAAGGGCCCGUUGGGUGUGUGUGUGUGUCCUGAACCCCCAACACUGAGAUGGGCGCCUGAGCCCCCACUGGCCCCUCUGUGCUCACGCCUGGAGAUGAGGGGUUGCUCUGCUCCCUGCGCCAGAGAGCGGAGUGUGGGGAGCCAGCAGCCCAGGCCGGAAUCUGGCCCAGCUGAGAGGGGACCCUUCCCCCAGGUACAGCCCCAGGCCAGCCGAGGGGCGGGUUGGCACUUUGGGCCAGUUGGAGGGUCCCGGCCCAGGGCUGGAGCUGAGCCCCCCUGAGUGGUGACUGUCUGUCUUCGGGAGGAUGUGGAGGCCCGACAUAGACUUAGCCCGCACAGCCCCUUCACUUUGUACUGUGUGUAUGUCUUGGUUUUCUGUGUUUUAAUAAAUCCUUUGGGAAAGGAUUGAAUCAG